AUGUGGUGGAUGCUGUUUCCUCGAUGGAUUUGGUUUCUUCUGGGACACUGUUGUACUAUUCUCCUUUAUCCGGGCAGCAGCCGCGUGAGAGCAAUGCCAAUGCCCAUGUCCGUGGCCAAAGUGGUUUAUUCUCAUGCAGGUCUGUGCCCGAAUGACCUGAACCCCAACCUGUGGGUGGAUGCUAUGAGCACCUGCAUGCGCGAGUGUGAAUCCGACCAGGACUGUGAGACAUUUGAGAAGUGCUGCCCUAAUGUAUGUGGCAACAAGAGCUGUGUGGCAUCCCGCUAUAUAGACGUCAAGGGCAACAGGGGCCCCAUAGGAAUGCCAGAGGGCGCCACCUGCGACAAGUUCAUGUGCGCUCAGCAAGGGUCAGAGUGUGACAUCUGGGACGGCCAGCCUGUUUGUAAGUGUCGGGACCGCUGUGAGAGAGAACCCCACUUCACGUGUGCGUCCGACGGCAUGACGUACUAUAACAAGUGCUACAUGGAUGCAGAGGCCUGUUCCAAGGGUAUCUCUAUCUCUGAGGUCACCUGCAGGUACCACUUGACCUGGCCAAACACCAGUCCCAUCCCAGCAGAGACCACCUUACAUCCCACCACCGCCCUCCAGACCACCCCCCCUGCUGACAUCCACCUUCCCACCAUACACAGCGGCCCCACCCAACAGGCUGUUUUUGUGGGUGAGACAGCCAGCUUUCUGUGUGAGGUGUCUGGAAAGCCACAUCCGCAAAUCACAUGGGAGAAACAACUCAAGGGCAAAGAGAACACCAUCAUGAGGCCUAAUCAUGUGAGGGGGAACGUUGUGGUUACUAACAUUGGCCAGCUGGUCAUAUACAAUGCGCAACUUCAGGAUGCCGGCAUUUAUACGUGUAGAGCCAAAAAUGUUGGGGGAAGUGUGUCGUCACACUUUCCCUUGGAAGUGAUCGGGAAGGAGGUGAAAGGUAAGAAUGCAGAGGGGAAUAAUACCAACCUGCCAUUUCCAGCUGAAGAGUGUCUCAAGAGUCCAGACACAGACGACUGUGGAGAAGAGAGCAUGAGCUGGUACUAUGAGCCAAAGAGGAACAAUUGCUUCACCUUUACCUACAGUCAGUGCAACAAAAACCGUAACCAUUUCGACGCAUAUGAAGCCUGCAUGCUGUCAUGCGGAGGAGACCUAGCGGCUCCCUGCAGCCUACCAAGCCUCCAAGGGCCUUGCAAGGCCUAUGAGCCUCGCUGGGCUUAUAGCAACAGCCUCAAAAAGUGCCAGUCCUUCGUGUACGGAGGCUGUGGCGGCAACGAGAACAGCUUUGAGUCUAAAGAGGCCUGUGAAGAGAUGUGCCCCUUUCCGAAGAACCACAAGUGCAAGAUGUGCAAACCCCGAGGCAAGAUGGUCACCAGCUUCUGUAAGAGUGACUUUGUGAUUCUUGGCCGUGUGACCGAGCUGACGGAGGAGCAGGAGUCCGGCCACGCUUUGGUGACCGUGGAGGAGAUCUUGAAGGAUGAGAAGAUGGGUCUGAGGUUCUUUGGCAAAGAGCCCUUGGAGGUGACUCUUCUGAACAUGGACUGGAACUGCCCCUGCCCCAACAUCACCACAGCCGACGGGCAGCUCAUCAUCAUGGGAGAUGUUCAGAAUGGGAUGGCCGUCCUACAGCCCGACAGCUUUGUCGGAUCCUCCAGCACUCGUAGAAUCAGGAAGCUCCGUGAGGUCGUUCACAAGAAGACCUGUGAUUUCCUUAAAGAUUUCUCUGCUGUCCAGUAG